AUGGCAGACAACCUGCUCAGUCAGAACCCCGCUGAGACGGUCGGCAACACCCCCAAGGGCGGACGCAAGAACCGGAACAAGGACCAAAGCGGCGACGAUGACAAGUCUCUUCUCCAAGGCGCAGAUACUUCGUUGGUCCCGACUGUCGGGGACAAGGACGAGGGCGAUGAGAGUCUGAAGAUCCGGAUCCGGCUCAAUCUCAAGGCCAAGAUUCCAAUUAUUCUGAUUACUACCUGGCCCGACAUGGCGUUUGCCCGCAGGUUAGCAAUCCUCCCAGGCGGCCUAGGCGGCCUCGGCUCCAGCAUUGGCAAGAAGCUCCGCGAGCAGGGCGCCCGUCUCGCGAUCCUCUACGCACCCUUUGAGGCCGCCCGACGCGAUGAGCUCCUGCACGCCGGCUACGGCAGCGCCAGCGGCACAAGCACCAGCGACACCGACAUCCGCACCUACGAAUGCGACAUCACGUCGCCGCAAUCCGUCUCGUCCGCCUUCAGCGCCUUGAAAGAAGAAAUGGUCUCGCCGUCGUCGUCAGCAGCGAGCGCGCGCGCCUUCCCCAGCAUCCUCAUCAACACGGCCGGCUACGUCUCCCUCAGCGACAUGGAGCUGACCCCGCCCGAGGAGACGAUGAAACACCUGACCACCAACGUGCUCGGCCCGAUGCUGUGCUCGCAGGCGUUUGCGCGCAUGUACUUCGAGGCCGCGGGGAACGCGGCCGCGUCGACGAACCCGCCGCCGCCGGGGCGCAUUGUGAGCAUCUCGUCGCAGGCGGCGCAUGUCGCGCUGCACCGGCACGGCGCGUACUGCGCAUCCAAGGCAGCGCUGCUGGGGUUGGCGCGCAGUAUGGCGUCGGAGUGGGCGCCGCGUGGGAUCACGUCCAACACGGUGUCGCCGACGGUGGCGUGGACGGCCCUCGGGAAGAAGGCGUGGGGGGAGGAUGCGGUGCGCGAGGCGUUCUUGAAGAAUAUCCCCACCGGGAAGUUCGCGCUGCCGGAGGAUGUUGCUGAUGCGGUGCUUUUUCUGUGUCAGGAUUCGAGCGGGAUGAUCAAUGGUGCAGAUAUUCGUGUUGAUGGUGGGUUUACUAUUCGGUGA